GUCAAAGAAGUAAAAAAAAAGACGAGUUUCCUUGUACGAUAUGGUUUGUGAUUUUUUAUGAAUAUAAAUACAAAAAGUUUGAUUAACAACCAAAAAUAACCAUUAAAAAUUAACGUGGUUUUGAUUUUCAUCUCUUUGAUAAAGUCGCCUGCCUUGGCAGCCCAGUGUUUCUUCUUCUUCUUCUUUCGAGCUUUUUCUGAAAAUUCUCCCUAUUUUUUCUUGUUCAACACAAAGCCUCAAGAGCUUCCCAGGCAGGAGGAUCCUAUCAAAAGUAAGGACCUUUAAGGUCUUAGGAACUCACUGAUAUUCGAAUAGUCGAAAACUUGGUAUAACCAUCCAAAGAAUGGGUUGCUGCUGCUGUUGUUUCCCGAUUCUACCCGAAAGCUCAAGAACUAUAGAUGAGCAUGUUCCUCUAUCUCGUGCCCCUCCUUCCUCUGUUGUACCUACAGGAGAAGUAGAUAGAAAUUUGGCCUCUAAUCUAUACACUUCUCUUCAGCCGCCUCUUCCUGUAUCAGUUGCGCCUAGAAAUCUUCAAACUCCAUCGAAACUCCCAACAACUCAGACCAACUCGAGCGAAGGGUCUCGUGUAAUCACAACAAACAGUGUUCCGGAAAAGGUUUCAGAAAAGGAAACAUGGCGUGCUGAUGAUUUUACUGAUAUUGAUCUAAAGAAAAAGAAUAGAGAAACCAUCGACGAGUGUCCAAUUUGCUUAGAAGAAUAUGAUUUUGACAACCCGAAGUUGCUCACUAAAUGUGGCCACGAUUUUCAUCUCGCGUGCAUCCUUGAAUGGAUGGAAAGAAGCGAGGCUUGUCCAGUCUGUGACAAGGAAUUGGUACUCACUGAGUCAUAAUCAAGACAAAGAAAGGUACAGAAGAUUUGAUUAGGUGGCAUUAGGUGAUAGUGUGGUGGUAUAUGGUGAAACAUUGUUUGCUCUAUUUCAUUCAUCAUUUAUGAAGUUUCCUUUUGAUUGUUUUUUUUAUCUUCUUACCAAUCUUUGGAUUAUUCACAUCAGACAAAAGAUACAGAAGAAGACAUUAGCAUGUAGACAGAAAUUACAUUUUGAUUGUUUAAUAUACUUUGAAAAAUU